AUGCCCACCAUAAAUCGCGAGUCCCGCAUCGUCGGGGCGCUCCUCGGCCUCCACGCCGGCGACUCCCUCGGCGCCACCGUCGAGUUCCAGAGCCACGCCUUCAUCAAGUCGGCCUACCCGCGCGACAACCCCGGCACGCUGCGGGACAUCACCGGCGGCGGCGCCUUCAAGUGGCCCGCGGGGCACGCCACCGACGACACCGACAUGACGCGCGGCGUGCUCCUCGCCUACCUCGACUGCCUGACCGAUCCGCAGCACCAGCGCUCCGACGUCGCCACCCGCGCCGGCCGGUACUUUCUCAAGUGGCGCGCCGGCGACUGGCCCGGCCGCGUCCCGCCCGGCACCCGCCCCGUGGACAUGGGCGCCGCCACCGAGGACGGCCUGCGCCGCUUCUCUGCCUCGCUCGACCCGGACAACGCCGGCGCCGGACCGGGACGCGCCGGCAACGGCAGUCUGAUGCGCUGCCUCCCGACGGGCUUGUUCCGCGCCGCCGACGCCGACCGGCUCGUGGCCGAGAGCAUGCGCAUCAGCCGCAUCACCCACGACGACGCGCUCUGCACCGUGUCCUGCGCCGUGUACAACACCAUGGCUGCCGAGCUCGUGCUCGGGCGCGGCCCCGACGCCGCCGUCGACGCCGGCCUCCGCGUAUGCCGUCGACUCGAGCACCUGCAGCAGCCCGACGCCAAGAAGCAGUCGGUGCUCGGCGCCCUCAAGCUCGGCACGCAGCUGCGCCUGCAGGGGCUCGCCGAGUUUGGCCCCCCGCCGAGCGCCAUGCCCGGCGGGUGCAGCGGCUACGUGCUCGAGUCGCUGUCGCUGGCCGUGGCUGCCGUGCUCGACCCCCGCUGUCUCGAGGACGUGCUCGUCGACGUGGUGCGCGUCGGCAAGGACACGGAUACGAAUGCCGCCAUUGCUGGUGGUCUGCUGGGUGCGCGGGAUGGAGAGGAUGCCAUACCGCGGCGGUGGGAAGAAAAAUUGCAGUUUGGGGACGAGUUUCGGACGAUAGCGACGAGCAUUCUCCGAAGCCAAAAUAAAAAGUAG